AUGUUCCUCUCAUCAAAAUAUUUUAAUCUCUCUUCAAUUUGGGAGUAUUUACUUGCUAAUGGUGUUAAUAUCAACCAUAAAUAUGAAAAUGAUGAAAGUGCCCUUCAUAUUGCUUCAAAAGAAAAUCUUUUGGAAUAUGCUAAAUUCCUAAUCUCACAUGGAAUUAAUGUAAAAUCGAAAGAUGUAUAUGACAAUACAGCUCUUCAUUUAGCAGUUCAGAAUGAUUUAUUUGAAAUGGCAAAGAUUAUACUCUCUGACAGUUCAAUUGUCAAUAUGAAGAAUGGAGAUACAAAUACUGCUGCACAUCAAGCAGUAAUAAACAAUAAUUUGCCAAUGUUAAAACUACUUAUUGAACAUGGUGCAGAUCUUAAUGACCAUAAUAAAUAUUUUGGUUAUACAGUUCUUCAUCUUGCUGUAAUUCACAAACAUAAAGAAAUCUUUGAAUAUUUGUUAACUCUUGCGCCAAGCUUCAAAAACAAUUCGGCUGAAAACGAAUGCAAAGAAGAAAUAAAUAAUGAAACUCCAAAAAGAGUUGAUGUUAAUGCUCGAAAUAUUGAUGGAAAAACUGCCCUUCAUUAUGCCACAGAGAAGAAUAAAUUUAAAUAUGCGAAAAAUCUCAUUUCUCAUGGUAUUGACAUUAAUUUAGCUGAUUAUAAGGGAAAAACAGCUCUUCAUACUGCUGCUUUAAAAAAUAGCAUUGAGACCGCAAAAGUUCUUAUCUCAAAUGGCAUUGAUAUUAAUGCAGCUGAUAAAGAUGGAAAUACAGCUCUUCAUAUGGCAGCAUCAUUGAAUCGUAUUGAAAUAAUAAAAAUACUAUGUUCUAAUGGAGCAAAUGUUAAUUCAAAAAAUAAAGAUAGAAAUAACCCAUUACAAUACGCUGUAUCAACCAUCAAUGAAGAAACAGUAAAACUUCUUAUAUCUUAUGGUUUAAAUUGGAAGGAACCGUUUAAAGAUGGAUCAACGCUCUUGCUCAAAACACUGCAAACAGAUAACGAAAAUUUAAUAACAUUUCUUUUUCCACGAUAUGAUUUUUAUUCAGUUUGUAAUAAUGGCAAAACUUACAUUCAGUAUGCUAAACGAAACAAAAAAUACAAGGCAUCACAAUUUGCUCUAUUUCUGCAUAAUUUCGUACUAGUAAUAUUUUUGAUUUUUAUGUUUAUUUGGCUUAUUGAGUACCUUAUCAUUUUAUUCUAUUUAGAAUAG